AUGCGCGCCCAGGCAGCCGCCCCCCAUUACCGGGCACUAUUAGAUCCAGAUCCCGAAGAUGCUGACGACGAGCGCUCCUUCUCCGACAUCGGGGAAGACGAGUACCGUUCACGUUCACACCGAGCUCAAAUGCCCCAGUUUCCCGGCCAAGAUGUGCGAUCCACGUCCAGAAAGGAGCUGAUGGGCUGGUACUCGUACGCAUGGGCUGCAGAGGUAUUUGUAGUCUGUGGCGUAGGCUCCUUUAUACCUGUCACCCUUGAACAGCUUGCUAGAGACAAUGGACAUUUGCUCUCCGACAAGUCCUUACGGUGCGGAGAUUCAACAGGGCCUGAUAUUGGCCUCGGUCCUGGCACAGAUAUCUUCUCAGAUGGUUCGCCUUCAGAUCAGUGCGUGAUAGACAUCUUGGGCUGGCAGAUGAAUUCUGCUUCUUUUGCAAUGUAUACAUUUUCUUUAUCUGUCCUACUUCAAUCCCUCAUAAUAGUUUCCAUGUCUGGAGCCGCAGAUCACGGAGCAUACAGGAAGCGUCUACUACUGGUCUUUGCCUUUUUUGGUAGUGCGUCUACCAUGAUGUUCAUCACGGUGACGCAGAAGUUUUAUCUUUUCGCGGCUGUGUGGGCAAUCUUUGGUAACAUUGGCUUUGGAGCCUCAUUUGUGUUGUUGAAUGCCUUUCUUCCCGUGCUUGUACGGCAGCACCCGAAGUUGCUCUAUGCAGAGACCCCCAUCACCGCUUCGCCGGUCAUCAGAACACCAGAUAGCGAGGAGGAUUAUUUAUUACGUGGAAACUCACCGCAACCAAACCUAGAUAUUCCCGGCAUAAUAGUUGAGGACACGAGAGGGAAGAGUAGCCCAUCUUUAAUACUAAGCAGCCAAAUCAGCAGCUAUGGGAUAGCAAUUGGCUACACUGCUGCAGUUAUACUUCAAAUAUUUGCAAUUAUCCUUGUUCUCUUGACGGGGUCCACAACCUGGUCCUUGAAGCUCGUGCUGUUUUUCGUAGGGUUUUGGUGGUUUAUGUUCACCAUUCCUACAGCUAUGUGGAUAAGACCUCGGCCUGGCCCUCCACUACCAGAAUUACCCAUGGAAGACAUGAAUGGAAGCGCGUUGACAGGGCUGCUAGAAGGCAAUCGUAGCUGGUGGGGCUACAUCAAGUACGCCUGGAAGGGACUGUACAAGACAAUUAGAAGAGCGCGGAGAUUGAAAGACAUCAUGCUUUUCCUGGCGGCGUGGUUCUUAGUCAGUGACGGUGUAGCUACAGUUAGCGGCACGGCGGUUUUGUUCGCGAAGACUAAUCUCAAAAUGAAACCUGCUGCGCUGGCCUUUAUAUCAGUUAUCUCUACUGUCUCCGGUGUUGGCGGUGCUUUCGCAUGGCCUCGUAUCGCUGAGGUCUUCAAGAGGACCCCAAGUCAGACUAUCCUCAUCUGCUGCAUGGUAUUCGAGUUGAUCCCGCUAUAUGGUCUCUUGGGUUUCAUUCCUGCGGUUCAAGAGUCUGGGUUUGGCGGGUUGACGAGCCCAUGGGAGAUGUAUCUCCUCGGUGCCGUGUACGGUUUUGUCCUCGGCGGAGUGAGCGGAUACUGCCGGAGUGUUUAUGGCGAACUAAUACCACCAGGAUUCGAGGCCGCUUUCUAUGCCUUGUAUGCUGUCACAGACAAGGGCUCCAGCAUCUUCGGUCCUACUAUCGUAGGCGCGCUUACAGAUAAAUAUGGCGAUAUCAGAUAUGCGUUCUGGUUUCUUGCUGUGCUACUUGCAUUGCCGAUACCGUUGAUUGCGGCGGUGAAUGUUGACCGGGGCAAAGAGGAGGGGAGGCUGCUGGCGGAGGAAGAACUUAUGCUUAGCGCUCCGCAUGUGGUGGAGGAUUUGUCGUAUGGCAUAUGA